AUGCCAGCCCAGCAGAAGAAAAUUAUCUUUUGCAUAGCCGGGGUGCUGAGCUUCGCUUGUGCGCUGGGGACCGCGGCAGCCAUCGGCACACAGCUGUGGGUUAAGGGGACAAUACUCUGCAAGACAGGAGCCCUGCUCGUCAACGCCACUGGCCAGGAGCUGGAGAAGUUUAUUGGCAAAAUCCAGUAUGGGCUUUUCCAUGGCGAGCGUGUGAGACAGUGUGGGCUCGGGGGGAGACCUUUCCAGUUUUCAUUUUUUCCAGAUUUGCUCAAAAUUAUCCCUGCAAGUAUCCAUGUUAGUGUCAUUCUCUUCUGUACAGUACUGAUCAUCUUUGCUCUGGUGGGAGCAGGUUUCUUCAUGUUCAAUGCUUUUGGCAGCCCUUAUGAAACUCUGCACGGCCCUGUUGGGUUGUACCUCUGGAGCUUCAUCGCAUGUUCCUGUGGUUGUCUCAUCAUGAUUCUCUUCUCUUCAGAAGUGAAAAUCCAUCACCUUUCAGAGAAAAUUGCUAAUUUCAAAGAGGGAAGUUUUACAUUCAAGACUCACAGUGAACAGUUUGCAAAUUCAUUCUGGAUCAUCCUGGUUUGCUCCCUGGUGCACUUCCUGAACGCCUUGCUAAUACGAUUUGCUGGAUUUGAAUUUCCCUUUUCAAAAUCAAAAGAUUCGGGGAGAAUCACUGGAGCAGUUGACCUGAUGUAUUAG